CAUAAAAUUAUGGAGCAGAAAAGUUGAAUAGAUACAUUACAGAUAUUUUCCAGCAUGGAAUGAAAUACUAGGACAUAUAACAAAAACAUACUAUGCAAACAUACCUUACUUUCUUGCAUGAUAUAUCUGGAAAUAUGUUUAAGGAAAAUCGUCUUCAACCAGUUGAAAAUGAACAGGAAUACCAUGUACAGUAAUGACAACAUCACCCCAAGUCUGGACCGUUCCUGAGCCAAUACCGAUGCGGUGGAUCCGGCGCGGGAUAUCAGAGGUUCCCUCCGUGUCGCGCCCGCUUCCGGAGGCCUUUUCGAGUUUAAAGAAUUUCUUCUACUUUCAGGGAUCGAAGAAACUGAUGAUUGCGGAUUUUUUGCACAGGUGUACAGCUCCAUCCGUCAGCGGACCAUUGAGCAGGUUGGCCUCGGUUUAUGGGAAGGUCCUUAAGUACUCUGGCUCGAUGGUUGCCAGCUCAGCAACAGGUACUCCAAUAAAAUCCGUCCGCAGUCAGCUGCUUCAGGCUAGCCUCAACUCCGUGGGAAGUCCGCUCAGGUCUCUGGAUUUUAUUUCGUCCUCUCCUAUAUUCCAGGAAUUAUUCAAUGAUGACGUGGACGAGGUGUGUAUGAUUUCGGUGGAUGGCUUGCACGGCAGCCGAAAUCACCUGUCUCCGGCAUUUACCCUUUGCUCUUGGGGAAACCGCGCCAAAACCCAAGAGGGAGAAGUUGCACGAGUUUAACUUUGUCCACUUGUAUUGUAACAGUUUAAUAAAAAUAGUUUGUAAAAUGUU